AUGCACAAACUCCUGCCCGGUAUCGCGCCCUCGCUGGUCGCCGCCAACGCGUACGGAGCAAGAACCGAAGUAAUCAAGGCUUUGGAAACAUACAUCAGGAAGGAAAACGACUUCGGAGAUGAUGUACCCCAGUUCACCAGGGACAGAUUCAGCGCCGAGCGAAAGUUCGGCAUGUCCAUCCACGACAGCGCAAAGAUCGAGGUCCUUCUGGCCACCGCUCUUGCAAACGUUCCCACGCUGACGUAUUGGCUCAUCACCCAUAUCUACAACCAGCCCGAGCUUCUGGCCAGGAUCCGGGAGGAGCUGCUCGGCGCUGUCGUCCAAGACGAUUCCACCAGUGCUACGGAGCUCCAGAUGACGCUACGCCUCGGCGGAAUCAAGGAUCGAUGUCCACUGCUCUCCUCGUGUCUUCAAGAGACGCAACGGCACAACAUUGUCGAUAGCAUCACCAGAACGGUGAUGAAGGACACGGCGGUAUCGGACGGUGACCGGUCCUAUCUCCUCAAAGCAGGAAAUAGUGUCCAAAUGCCCCUCAGCGUUCUACACGCCAACCCGAACGUAUGGGGGGACGAUGCCGAUGAUUGGGUCGGUGACAGAUCUCUGAAACUGGGCUACAUGUCAUCUCCGCCGCCUGGUUUUCACCCGUUCGGUGGCGGUAAGCACAUCUGGUGA